AUGUCUUCAAGGAGACAGAGUACAUUUUUGUCUCAUCUACAAAAUACCAGAAUUCCUGUUCCAGUGAAAUAUGUAAAUGUAGUAAAGAGGAAAACUUGUCAGUACAAUGGUCCACAGACGGAUUCUGCUGACUCACUCUCAUCAGGUUCUACUCAGUUCAUCAAAAGGAAAAACUUGAAUAAAAUGAACAGGAAAAAGGAAAAGCAUUGUAGAAAACUAAUGCAUAUGCUUCAUGAUGUCCAAGACAGCAUCAGAAUGACCAGAGCAACUACUAAAUUAAUGGAACAACCAACAGACACUGAGACCCCAUCCAGUAGCUCUCCAGACAGGCAGUCAAAUCUUUCAAACCUUAUUAGAUAUAGAUAUCCAUCUCAUAAACACCUCCUAAAGAGAUUACAUCGCAAAUGUAAAAAUAGGUAUUACACCAUGGCACAAUUAGCCAGAAAACUAGCAGGAAGCGAGUCUGAUGACAGUACAGAUAUUAGUCUAGAUUCUGAUGAUGACACUGGCAUUCAGAUUACUGAUAUACAGGGUAAACAAGUAUAUUCCGUACAGAAUACAAAGGCAAUGGACAACAUGCUACCCCUAACCAUUAAUACCAAUCAGGAUGAAGGUAUAGAAUUUAACAGAAUUGAUGAACCAGUCCAUGACUUAAAUGCUGUUCGAAUUUUUGAAUCCAGUGAAUCUGGAUCUGAGGAGGAUAAAAAUACUGAACUACCUCUGCAGCCACACAUGAAAAUGGUGAAGAAUAAAACCAACAAAACAUCAUUUGUUAUUGGUCCUAUGAGAGAUGAUUCCCUCAGACCAAAUCCUGUUAAAAGACAACUUUUUCAAGUUUUAAAUGAACAACCAAGAAAACGUAACAAAAUGGAAAAGAAACGUGAACCAACAGAACAAUAUAAUGCUUUGUCAAAUACACCAACCUCAUCAACUGGUAAAAUGAAGAAGUUCCAUAUUGAAGUUCUUGAAGAUGAUGAUGAUGAUUUUAUUGAAAUUGAAAGCCAGAUGGGACGAUUAGUGUUUGCCAAUUUAGUAGGAUUACAGUGGUGGCCAGGUAUUAUAGUGAAAGGAUCUAUGUGUCAUCUAUAUACAGAAAAUAAAGGCUGUUCCUGGAUAUUUUGGUUUGGUGACCAUAAAAUUUCAUUGGUACAGCAAGAAAGAAUAAUUCCAUUCGCAGCUAAUUUUAUAGAGAAGUCCAGUGGAAAAGGAAAAAUGUUUCAAAAAGCUUUAAGUGAAAUCAUUAAGGUUUAUGGUGAAAGAAUUGGUUUAAACGCUUGCACAAUGUCUAAUGAACAGUUGAUUGAAUGGGCUCAAACAGAAAUUAGAUUAAUUAAAGGAUCUAAACAGAGUGAAGCAGAAACAGACAAGAAAAUUCCUGAUUGGAUUUUGGGAAAAUUAGAAGAAAUUGGAGCCGAUAUUUUAAAGAAAGUUGAAGGAAAACCACUACCUAAAUCAAAACGUGAUAAAAUGGAAGAAAGAAGUGCUACAGAAAAUGCCAUAGAUGCAGUUAAAGAGGGGAAAUGUGAAAUUAAAGAUAUUUGUAUAGCUUGUGCUGAUUCGUCUGCAGCUAUAGUUUGUCAGCAUCCAUUAUUUAAAGGUGGAGUUUGCAAAAAGUGUAAGGUUGAUAUUUUGGAGACAAUUUAUGCCUUGGAUGAAGAUGGAGUUAUGGCAUAUUGCUCUAUAUGUGGACAUGGUGGAACAGUAUUUUUGUGUGAUAAAGUAGGCUGUAAUAGGGUGUACUGUGUGGAAUGUAUUGAUGAGAUGGCUGGUUCUAUUAUUCUGACAGAGAUUGAGCAAAAGAAGAAUUGGCAAUGUUUUAUGUGUACUGAAUUUGAUAUUAAAUCUCAUGGACUAAUAGAACCUAAUAAAGACUGGCAACAAAGAAUAAUUCAAUUUUUCGAAACAGAAAUGGUUCAUGAG